UAUGGCCUCCUCCAUGUAGACAGUGGCGGUGGUUUCUACUGCCGUUGGCCGGGGGCAGUGCUGAGCUGGUGCUAUUAUCCGUUUACCCGGGGCUGCUGAGAACAGCAGUUAAAGUUCCUUUUGGAUUACGGUUCAGGAAGCCACCGUCCUUUGAGGGACAGGAAUCACCGUUUACAUUUAGUUCCUGCAAGUUCCUUGUUGGCCCCUGGUUUCUUUCCCGAGCCACCUCCGGAGAUUCCCAGGUUCCCGGCCCUCCUAGACUUAGAUUAUGAGCCUUCGGCAGCAGUUGAUGCGCUUGCCCUGUUAUCUCGGGGUCUCGGGGCCCUGUUGUCUACGUCGCCUGUGGUGGUUCCCGUCUGCUGUGGGCUCCUGGCGUGGUCAGUCCUCCAGGUCCCCGACCCACUGGAGCCAGGUUGUGUCAGAGGCGGAGAAGAUCGUGGGCUAUCCCACAUCCUUCAUGAGCCUCCGCUGCCUGCUGAGCGACGAGCUCAGCAACAUCGCUAUGCAGGUGCGCAAGCUGGUGGGGACGCGGCACCCGCUGCUUAGCACUGCCAGGGGGUUUGUAUACGAGAGCCGGCACAACCUGCAGUUGAGGGGCUUGGUGGUGCUACUGAUCUCUAAAGCAGCUGGGCCUAGCAGCACAGACACUGUGUGUCAGAACUACGACAUGGUCAGUGGGAUCUACUCAUGUCAGAGAAGUUUGGCAGAGAUCACAGAACUUAUCCAUACUGCUCUCCUUGUGCAUCGUGGGAUAGUAAACUUAAGUGAGUUGCAGUCUUCUGAUGGACCGCGGAAGGACAUGCAGUUUGGAAAUAAGAUAGCCAUCCUGAGUGGAGACUUCCUUCUGGCAAACGCCUGCAGUGGACUAGCUCUGCUACAGAACACCAAGAAUGAUAUCACAGAUGAUAUUGGAAUAUCGACUUGGAAGGAGCAGACUUUUCUCUCCCAUGGGGCCUUGCUCGCGAAGAGCUGCCAGGCUGCGAUGGAGCUGGCGAAGCAUGGCACUGAGGUGCAGGGCACGGCCUUCCAGUAUGGGAAGCACGUGGCCAUGAGUCACAAGAUACACUCUGACCUUCAGCCUUUCAUUAAAGAGAAGACCAGUGAUUCUGUGACUUUUAAUCUAAACUCAGCACCUGUGGUUUUACAUCAGGAAUUUCUUGGAAGAGAUUUGUGGAUGAAGCAAAUUGGAGAGGAGGUGUGCGGCUUUGCCCCCUACGAGCGGCGCACCACGGAGCUGCUCAAGGUCCCCAAGGACAAGCGCUCCCUCAAGUUCAUCAAGCAAAGGGUGGGGACGCAUAUCUGGGCCAAGAGGAAGUGUAAAGGCACUGCACAGCUGCUCCAGGUUGAUGUCAGUAACUCCUCUGGACCUUGUCAGCCUUACACAGACUUAAAUCCAAGACCUCUCUCUUUCUUAUAUGCUAAGAAAUUGCUCUACCACCAAUUGCGCAAAACAAUCAAAGCUGGCAAAGGUGUGACUUCAGCUAUUGACCUGUGUCGUUACCAUGGAAACAAGGCCCUGGAGGCUCUGGAGAUCUUCCCUCCCUCUGAGGCCAGAUCGGCUUUGGAAAACAUCGUGUUUGCAGUGACCAGAUUUUCAUGACACUGAAUUUAAAAAGACUGUGUUAUUCCUUAGCUGAAAAACCUAAGGAAUGAGGUGAUCCAGGCACUUUUGUUUCAAAUAGCUAAGUACAUUAAUGACUUUAAGAAUAUACACACAUUUUUCCUUUUUCUCACGUUGUAAAUGAAUACUGCCUUCAUUUUGGAAUCAGCUGCAAGCAAAAUUAGAAAAAAAGGUCAAGCAGUUUUCACUUGUCACGCCACAAGCACACUUGAGGCUGCAGUGGAAGAAAUAAUUAAUGAGAUUCACUCUUGUGACCUCAGCAAAUGGACAGGAAAUAAGUCCUUAUUGAUUGGACUGGGCCAGGGAUGGCGCCAGGGCGGUGGCCUGUGGUUUUCCUUCUCGAGAGAACAGAGUGAGCUGGAAGCUGCAGGUGUUGGGGAAACGCUGCCGAUACCAGCCAGGAGAGCCCGCAGAGCAAAGGCCGGUGACCAGUUGGCGGUGAUCUAGGCAGAAAUGUGCUUUCUUUGUCUUGCCAGUUGUCUCCGAUUUUAUAGACACAAUAUCAAUAUAUUUUGCACAUCGUGGUUUUUGUAAGAUUUGGGGGGAAUAUUGCUGAAAAGUUGCCAAAUAUUUGAUGUACACUAAAGUGUUAUCAAAUGUUAUCGUGGCUACUUUAGAAAUUGUCUGUUUUUUCUUUCUUAAAGAUAAUUUUUUUCUCCAAACACAUUUUGAAGAGCCAAUUUUUUUUUCCAAUGAAAAAGGAGCUUUUUUCAAGCAAUAUGUAUUUGUCUGUAAUACUUUGGUUUAGGGAAUACCUCUAGUUUUUACAAGUUCCAGAAAUGUAAUUGUACUGGAGAGCUCACCGGUAAGUUUUCUUCUAACCUCAGUAUGUCAAAGUUGGGUCUUGUGCCACAGACACCCCAGGACAGAACGCAGGUAGUGGCACAGCACCGGACUCCCACCCUGUGCGUCCUCGGGAGAUGAGUUUUGUGGUUUGCACGCCUGUAAUAUGAGAUCGCCGUUGACAAGAAGGCCGAGUUUACAUAAAUGAUCUAGAUUGAGACUCAGCUGCCUUUCUUCCUCCUGUGGUGUAAUUACAGCCCUAUCUAGAGACAGCAAACACAGCAAACAGAUUUUAUUACCUACUUCCCUCAAACACUAAGUGGAGUUAUUUUCAGUUCUUCUCCCUAAAAGUUUUAUCAGGGCCCAGCAUGCAGACUGCAAUGAAGAGAAACCGUAAAGCUACAGAGAGGUUAUGUUAUUGUAUUAUGAAAUAUUUUAAAUAUACUUGAAAUAUUGUCAUU